GCUGCUUCUGUCUCCCUGGCAAGCAGAGUCAGCAGUGUGGACCUCUUUUGGGGUGUUUGGCUAGAUGUUGGCUGGAUGCCAGGGGCCUGGGGCUGCCUGGAUCUCCUAAGGUGGCCUCUGCCCGCCCCCCCAGGCUCUCAGGGGAGGGAACAGGCUGGAGUGCUUUUCUUUACCCUCUAAAUUUUCCCAGCCUUCCUAAGCUGGCGCAGCCCCCUCCUGCCCUCCUCAGGGGCUGUCAAGGGGCUCGGGGACCCCUGGCAUGCAUGGCACCUGAGAAGUCCUGCCCGCCACUAGGACCCUCACUUGGGUGCUUGCCUGGGACGUGCCAAGCCGGAGUCCCCUACCCAGCCCAUACCCAACCCUGCCAGCCUCAGCGUUCCCCGUGCUGCCCCCGCGGCGCCGAGAACAAUAUCCUUUCUAUUUGGACUUGACUCCGCUGCCCUUUGGAGACCUGAGUGUGCAACGUGAGCUCCCGUCCAGAGCGGGGGCGGCGCCCGCGGCCUCUCCGGUGUCUGGGCUGCGGUGGCCGCGCGAGGCGCCGAGGUGGUCCGACGGUCUGGUGGGACCAGAACGAGGACAAGGACGAGGAGGACGCCCCGAGCGUCCCGGGUCCCCGCGCCAUGGCCGCCCGGCUCCGCGCGCUCACCGCGUCGGGGCUGUACCGGCGGCGCCAGGACCGGCAGAGCGCACCGCCGCCCGCCGUCCCCGGCAACAUGUCUAACGCCUUGGCCAACGCUGUGUGCCAGCGCUGCCAGGCCCGCUUCGCCCCCGCCGAGAGGAUCGUCAACAGCAACGGGGAGCUGUACCAUGAGCACUGCUUCGUGUGUGCGCAGUGCUUCCGGCAGUUUCCCGAGGGCCUCUUCUACGAGUUCGAAGGCCGGAAAUACUGCGAACACGACUUCCAGAUGCUGUUUGCUCCAUGCUGCGGUGCCUGUGGCGAGUUCAUCAUCGGCCGCGUCAUCAAAGCCAUGGGCAACAACUGGCACCCCGGGUGCUUCCGCUGCGAGCUCUGCGAUGUGGAGCUGGCUGACCUGGGCUUCGUGAAGAACGCGGGCAGGCACCUCUGCCGGCCCUGCCACAACCGCGAGAAGGCCAAGGGGCUGGGCAAGUACAUCUGUCAGCGCUGCCACCUGGCCAUCGACGAGCAGCCCCUCAUGUUCCGGAACGAUGCCUACCACCCGGACCACUUCAGCUGCACCCACUGUGGCAAGGAGCUGACCGCCGAGGCCCGCGAGCUGAAGGGUGAGCUCUACUGCCUGCCCUGCCAUGACAAGAUGGGGGUCCCCAUCUGUGGGGCCUGCCGCCGGCCCAUCGAGGGCCGCGUGGUCAACGCGCUGGGCAAGCAGUGGCACGUGGAGCACUUUGUUUGUGCCAAGUGUGAGAAGCCGUUCCUGGGGCACCGGCACUACGAGAAGAAGGGCCUGGCGUAUUGCGAGACUCACUACAACCAGCUCUUUGGGGACGUCUGCUACAGCUGCAGCCACGUGAUCGAGGGAGACGUGGUGUCAGCUCUGAACAAGGCCUGGUGUGUGAACUGCUUCUCCUGCUCCACCUGCAACGGCAAACUCACCCUGAAGAACAAGUUUGUGGAGUUUGACAUGAAGCCCGUGUGCAAGAAGUGCUAUGAGAAGUUCCCCCUGGAGCUGAAGAAGCGGCUAAAGAAGCUCUCGGAGCUGGCCUCCCGCAAGGCCCACCCCAAAUCUGGGAACCCCAGCUCUGCCUGAAGCACCUGUCCGCCUGGCCCCCCUUCCUUCCUUCUGCACCCCCAUUCUCUCCCUCUGCCCCUUCCUGCCGUCUUCCCUCUUGCCUCCCACUCUGGCCUUGCUCUCAUCGAAUCUUAGCAGUCUGUGCCCCCAUCUCUGCCCUCCCCGUUUGCUUGUCCCCCCUCCUGCCCCUUCUGGCUUUGCUCAUUUUCCUUUAUUUCUGCCUUUUCCUGCGUUCUCUCUUCUCCCCCUUCUCUCUCUUUCCCUCCUGGAAGUGGGGAGCCCGGGCCCACACCCACGUUUUGCUGCCCUGCCGCCCCGUCCUGCCUGUGCCUUCCCCGCAGAGGACCUGCUGGCACGAAGUCUCCUGUGGGAGCUUGCCCCAGUGCCCAGCAGAAGGGGGAGCCCCGGGAAGCCACCCUUCACCCCCUCUGCCACUCACCCCCUCUACCGAGCAGGGCCCCAACCCAGGCCAGGGAGUCCUGCCACGUAUCAGCAGACGACAGGCCCCUGCUCUCCUCCGUGGCUCGGGCCUCCUUCCUGAAACCCCACCUGUGGCUGCUCUACCCUGGGCCUGGGCCUCUGUGGCUCCCCCUGAGCUCCCCCAUGGGCCCAGCAGCCCCCCGGGGCUGAGUCUCUGGGAGCAGGGAGGAGGGAGGCCAGGUGGGUGGUGGGCUCCCAGCCUCGGGUGAACACAGCAGUGCCGGCUCUUGGAGCUCACGCCUUGCAAAAUGAAGCUCGUUUACACACCCACA